UCGCUCGCCGAGCGCGCGUCCCGAGUUGGGAAGCAGUCGACGGCUCGGGACAGCACGCGGUCGACGGAUGACAUGACCGCGCUCCGUAGAAGCUCGUCUCACAGCUCCGCUUCACUUGCGAUGGCAUUACUGGUGGGAGCUGCCUUCGCAACGGCCGUGUCCUACGACGCAUCGUCCUCGAGCAAUCGCGAGGUGGUGAUCGGCAGGGCCGAGCGAAUUCGCGCCGAGAGCCUGCGUCGCGCGUCGCCCCGCCUCCCGCAAUUUCUCGUACUGGCACCGGACGACGACGACCAGCCGUACGCCCUGAAGAAGGUCCUGCCGGCUGUGCUGGUGGCCGUGGCCAAGACGAAGCUCGACGUCGUGGUGCACUACUACGACACAAAGUGCUCGUCCACGAACGGCCCGCUGUCUGUGUUUGACUACUACAUCUCGGGACAGGUGGACGUCUUCUUCGGGCCCUCGUGCCCGUACGUGCUGGCCCCAGUGAUAAGAUACGCCUCCGAGUGGGGGCUGCCUUUGCUGACGGCCGCCGGCCAGAACGAACACUUCGACACCAAGUCCAUUUACUACCGGCUGCUCACUCGCAUGAACGGCUCCUUCUCCAGCCUCGGCCAGGUGUUCGUCGAGGUAAUGCGCCAGUUUGACUGGACCGUGGUUGCGCUACUGUUCCACCAGUACCGCGACAACUCCAAGGGCCACACCGACUGCUACUUCUCCCUCUCGUCGGUGUUCACUGCGCUGGGAAAAAACGCAACGCACCACUCGUUCGACGAACACGAGGACUUCGGCGAUAUCCGCUCGAUGCUCGAAAAGAUCUCCCAGAAGGCGCGGAUUAUCUUGAUGUGUGCCUCACCGGACACGAUAAGGGAGAUCAUGCUCGCCGCUCUGGAGCUCAACAUGGUGGGCAGCGGAGAGUACGUCUUCUUCUCGGUGGAGCUGUUCAGCAGCCGCAAUGACAGCCGCAAGCCCUGGUUCCGCAAGGGCGACCCCGAGGCGAAGAACGCUUUAGCCCAGAAAGCCUACGAGGCGCUGCUCACCGUCAUCGCAAGGACACCUGAGACGGAGGACUUCAUCAACUUCUCCCAGGAGGUCAAGAAACUGGCCCUGGAAAAGUUUAACUUCUCAUUUGGAAACGAAGAGGUAAACAACUUUGUAGCGGCCUUCCACGAGGCUGUCAUCCUCUACUCAAUUGCGUUGAACGAAACGCUUAGUGGAGGUGGGAGCAUAAUAAACGGCUCAGAGAUCACCCGCAGAAUGUGGAACCGGACGUUCACAGGCAUCACGGGAACUGUACGGAUCAAUGAGAACGGAGAUAGGGACGCCGACUACUCAAUUCUGGAUAUGGAUCCGGUCACGAAGGAGUUCCAAGUAGUGGCCAACUAUUUCGGCGUGAACAAAAGCUUCAGCGAUGUUCCGGGCCGUACGAUUCACUGGCCUGGUGGCAAGCGAGUUCCUCCACCGGACACGCCACGGUGCGGCUUUGACGGCUCCAAGUGCCCUGACGAAGAGCUUCCCAAGUAUGCCAUCGUGAGUGGAGUCCUGAGUGGCUUGGUCGUCAUCCUGUGCAUCGUCUUCUUCUUCAUUUACAGGCACUUCAAGCUGGAAGCCGAGCUGGCCUCCAUGACAUGGAAAAUCCGCUGGGACGAGAUCUCCAGCUCUCCACCGGGCCACUUCAAGAAAUUUGGUUCUCGAAUGAGCCUGACGAGAACCAGCCUCGCUAGCUCGAACUCUUCAGAAGCUAUCUUCUUCGGUGGCCGACGCCAAGUUUUUAUCGGCACUGGCUUCUAUAAAGACCAAGUUGUUGCGAUCAGGCCUUUCAACAAGAUGAAGCUGGAAAUCACACGAUCACUGCUAAUGGAGCUCAAAAACAUGAAGGAUCUGCAGCACGAUCAUAUCGUACGCUUUCUGGGAAUCUGCGAAGAACCUCCUCACUGCUGUCUGGUCACGGAAUACUGUCCGCGAGGAAGUUUGCAGGACAUUCUUGAAAACGACGAGAUCAAGCUCGACUGGAUGUUUCGAUAUUCGCUUAUGCACGACAUUGUAAAGGGCAUGGCGUACUUGCACAAUAGCGUCAUUCACAGCCACGGAAAUCUCAAGUCGUCGAACUGUGUGGUCGACAGCCGAUUCGUGUUGAAGAUCACCGACUUCGGACUCCAUACCCUCCGUUCAUCCGACUCGAACGAGAACCAUGACUCCUACGCCUACUGGAGACGCAUGCUGUGGACUGCACCUGAACUACAACGGCGGGGUGAACCACUGGCUGCUGGCACGCAAAAGGGAGAUGUCUACUCAUUUGCAAUCAUUGCGCAUGAGAUCGUGCUCAGGCAGGGACCUUUCUACCUGGGUCCGUCGGUUCAACUCUGCCCUAAAGAAAUUGUGGCAAACGUGCAGUUGGGCCACAAAGUCCCGUUCCGUCCUCUUCUUGAAGACGACUGCUGCAGCGAGGAGCUGGCUCAGAUGAUCCGGAAGUGCUGGGCUGAAGACCCCGCCGAGCGGCCGGAUUUUCAUACGCUUAAGCCACUCAUUCGAAGGCUCAAUAAAGAGAGGCAAGGGGUAAACAUCCUGGACAACCUUCUAUCGCGAAUGGAACAGUACGCCAACAAUUUGGAGAAAUUAGUUGAAGAGCGCACAGCCAGCUAUCUCGAAGAAAAACGGAAAGCAGAAGACCUGUUAUAUCAGCUUUUACCUCGAUCUGUGGCUAGUCAACUCAUUAAAGGGCAAUCUGUGACAGCAGAGUCGUACGAUAACGUGACAAUAUACUUCAGUGACAUCGUGGGUUUCACCUCCUUAUCAGCGCAGAGUACUCCAAUGCAGGUGGUCGAUCUUCUAAACGACCUUUACACUUGCUUCGACUCCAUCAUCGAAAACUAUGAUGUUUACAAGGUGGAGACCAUCGGAGACGCCUACAUGGUGGCCUCGGGCCUGCCCGUGCGCAACGGCAUGCUGCACGCGCGCGAGAUUGCGCGCAUGUCGCUCGCCCUGCUGCGAACCGUGCGCUCCUUCAGCAUCCGCCACCGGCCGCAGGAACAGCUUAAGCUGCGCAUCGGCAUUCACACAGGGCCUUGCGCUGCCGGAAUCGUUGGUCUGAAGAUGCCCAGGUACUGCCUCUUCGGUGACACGGUCAACACGGCAUCCCGGAUGGAAUCGAACGGCCUACCACUGAAGAUUCACGUAAGUCCAGCUACAAAGGAGGCCCUAGAAAGGUUCAAGACAUUCCGCUUGGAGCUACGAGGUGACGUGGAACUUAAGGGCAAAGGGACGAUGACCACUUACUGGCUUGUGGAAGAAGUCGAAGAUGGCGUUGUCACGACGCCCACGGCGACGGCGACUGCGGAGACCCCCGGCGAACACCCGAAAGAAACCAAAGUCUGACAUGACCGCCCGUAG